AGUCCAGAGCAACGUUAAUAGUCGGUGCAAAUAAACCUGGCUGUUUGUGAAAAACUCGUCUGUGAAAACUGACGUUCAAGGCACUGAAAGAAUGAAGUACCUACUUAUAUGCGCAUUCGGUCUCGUGACCGUGGCGUCAGCUUUGCCCCUGACGUCACUUCAGCAAGAUUUCGUCGAGUAUUCUGCAGAUCUUAUCAACCGGAUUAACGCCAUGAACACGAGUUGGAAGGCAGGACCGAAUUUUGCCGGUGAGACCGUCGGGUCAGUGCUGAGUCGUUUUGGCCCGGUCGGGGCAGAGUUUUCACCGGCGGAGGAGAAGCCAGUGCUCCCGGUAACUGACGAUGAUACCGACAUACCGACGGAGUUUGACGCCCGUACCAAGUGGCCCCAGUGCCCCUCCAUCGGCCGUAUCACCGACCAAGGGCGCUGCAAUGCAUACUGGGCUUUUGCUGCUGUCGAGGUGAUCAACGACAGAUACUGCAUCUCUCAGGGCGUGCACGUCAACAUAUCGGUGGAGGACGCCUUGACCUGCAAUCCGUACAUCGUUCCAAAUCGUGGUUGUCAAGCAGCGAGCAGCCCGUAUUUGGUCCUGAAAACGUGGGCGGAGAAUGGACUAGUCACCGGCGGGGCUUACGACAGCAACGCGGGCUGCCGUCCCUACCCGUACAAACCCUGCACUCACUACGAGAAUGGGACGUACAGCCCUUGUCAGCGGCCGCCGGAGUUCACCUUUUGCAACAAGAGCUGCCGGGCUGGUUAUCCGAAUGACUACGAGCAGGACAAACACUAUGGUUCAUAUUAUUCGGUGGCCCAAUCCGAGGCGAGCAUUCAGAGAGAGAUCAUGACAAAUGGAUCAGUGACGUCAUACAUCGUUUAUUACCAGGAUUUUCCCCUUUAUCGUUCAGGUGUUUAUCGGCACACAUCGGAUUUACUCGUCGGUAGUUAUUCGCUGAAGAUCCUCGGCUGGGGCGUGGAAGGCGAUCAGAAAUAUUGGCUGUGUGCCAGCUCUUGGAACACCGAGUGCGGUGACAAAGGAUUUAUCAAAGUUCUCCGUGGAGUGAAUGAAUGCCGGAUCGAGGAGAGCGUAAAAGCGGGAACUCCGGUAAAGCCAUGAAUUUAGCGGAAAUUUGCUAGCGGAACUUUUAACUGCAAUUUCAAAAGACAAACAUCGGAAACCUGCCAUGUUUCUACCAAUAACGACAGUUUAAAAUUGUGAGAACUGAUCAGUUAGAUAAUGAUUAUUAUUAUUGUUAUUAAAGUGACUUUUUUUAGCGUCUCACAAAAUGCUGUAGUCGACUGUAAUUUGAAUUUCAAAAAAAAGAAAAAUCUGAAAUUGGACUGCAAAUAAUUAUUUCUCAAUGGUUUUCAAAAAAGUUUUCUUAAAUUUGAAGAGAAAUUAAAUUGAAUGAUUGGCUUGAAAAAUUAAGCAAUAAUAAUAAUUAUAUUGAUAUAAUUUACAUUCAUAAACACCUGAAACUGUUGACCCAUUCCUAUUGGUCGAGAGCCCGUCACGUGGGUGGUUUUAAACCGCUGUUUAAAACACCGCUGAGAAGUGUUUACAACCGGCCAGAAUAAUACAGGUGGCCCCUGAAUCAGGACAAUAAAUUUUAGCAGUUUAACAAAAUGUACGGUCCCGACUCUUAGCUCUUCAAGGGAAAAAAAACAUGUAUGUCUUU